GACAACUGUGUGACAACCACAGAGUGACAACUCGUAUCACAUGUCAGGUGUUGAGUUUUGAGUUGUUUUUAAUAAUUUUUAAAUACACUCCAUAUUUUUAAAAUAAGUGAAAAUUUGUUUGGUUAGUUUGCUGAAGUUUGCCGAAAAAAAUAUUUUAUAAAAGGGUUUUUAGUAAUUCUUGAGUAAAUUGAAGAAUAUUAAAUCAAAAUAAUGAUUCCUACUUCACGACUUACACGGUUAACCAUUAGUAGAAAUAUUUUGAAAUUUUCAACAAAUAAAUUCUAUAGAAAUAUAAAUAUAAAUUGUUCCAGAAGAAAUACGAGCAAAUUGUGUAGCUAUAGAUAUCAACAUACAGAUGCUAAACAGAAGGAUGAAGACUACCAUACAAUUAUAAAGAAUACAGAGAAAGCUACAGGGGAAAGUAGUCAACAUGAAUUCCAAGCUGAAACAAGAAUGUUGUUAGAUAUUGUAGCAAGAUCAUUAUACUCUGAAAAAGAAGUAUUUAUAAGGGAACUGAUUUCUAAUGCAAGUGAUGCAUUAGAAAAAUUUCGAUAUCUAUCUAUUUCUGAUACAGAAGGAACUAGUAUAAAAGAUAGAGAUAGAUCAUUAGAAAUACAUAUUUCAACUGAUAAAACUGCUAGGACAUUUACAAUACAGGAUACAGGAAUUGGUAUGUCCAAAGAGGGAUUAACUCAGAACUUAGGAAUAAUUGCAAAAUCAGGGUCAAAGGCAUUUUUGGAAGAAAUAAAACAAAAACAAGCAUCAGGCGAUAAUAACAUAAUUGGACAAUUUGGAGUUGGAUUCUACAGUUCUUUUAUGGUUGCUGAUAAAGUUGAAGUUUUUACAAGAAAUGCAACUGAUGAACAUGGAUGGAAGUGGACCUCAGAGGGGUCUGGCACAUAUGAAAUCCAACCAGCAGAAGGUGUACAAUUUGGAACGAAGAUUAUUCUCUAUUUAAAAGGCGAUUGUCGCGAAUUUGCCGAUGAAGACACAAUUAAAAAUAUAAUUACAAAAUACAGUAACUUUGUUGGAAGUCCAAUCUACCUAAACGGCAAGAAAGUUAACAUUGUACAACCAGUGUGGUUGAUGGAUCCCAAGUCAAUCACCCCACAACAGCAUAUAGAAUUUUAUAAAUUUAUUAGUGGCAGUUAUGAUGUUCCAAGAUAUACAUUACAUUAUAAAACGGAUGUUCCUUUAUCUAUAUCUGCUUUACUAUAUUUUCCUGAAGGAAAACCAGGUUUAUUUGAAAUGUCUAGAGAGACAGAAUCAGGUGUAGCUUUAUAUACCAAGAAAGUUUUAAUAAAAAGUAGGACAGACAAUAUUUUACCCCAAUGGUUGAGGUUUGUGAAAGGAGUUGUAGAUUCAGAAGAUAUACCGCUAAAUUUGAGUAGAGAAUUGUUUCAAAAUAGUAAUUUAAUAAGAAAACUGAGAGAUGUUCUAACAGCUAGGAUUAUAAAAUUUCUCUUAGAUCACUUAAAAAAGAAUCAAGAGGAAUAUGAAAAGUUUUAUAAGGACUAUAAUAUGUUUAUUAAGGAAGGAAUCAUUACAAAUCACAAUCAAAAAGAAAAGGAAGAUGCAGCUAAGCUACUACUUUUUGAAUCUUCACACUUAGAACCUGGCAAAAAAAUCACAUUAGCAGAUUAUAUUACUCGUGCCAAAGAACACAGAACGAUCUUUUAUCUAGCUGCUCCUAGCCGUAAAUUGGCAGAAUCUUCGCCGUAUUUUGAGUCUCUGAAAAAGAAACAGCAGGAAGUUUUAUUCUGUUACGAUCCUUAUGAUGAACUAGUUUUAAUGCAACUGCAACAAUUUGAAGGAUAUCGAUUAAUUUCAGUAGAAAAAGACAUGAGAGAUGAUAAGGCUGCAAGUGAUCUUACUAAUUUAGGUGAAGACAGUUUACAAAGAAGUGAAAUUAACGAUCUUUCUGAAUGGAUUAAGUCUAAACUUAGUGGUAAAGUAACAUCUGUAAAUGCUACCACAAGACUGGAAAAUCAUCCUUGUGUGAUAACUGUGGAGGAGAUGGCAGCUUCUAGGCAUUUUAUCAGGACGCAAAGUCACGGUUUGCCCGAAGACAGAAGAUACGCCAUCUUACAGCCACAACUCGAAAUAAAUCCUAGGCACCCAAUUAUUAAGAAAUUGCAUCAUUUAAAAGGCAGCGAUCCUGUCUUAGCAGAACUUCUCAUAAAACAGUUAUUUGUUAAUUCCAUGGUUGGAGCCGGGUUGGUUGAAGAUCCAAGAGAACUUCUCACGUCGAUGAAUGAAUUACUCGUCUCUGUUUUAGAUAAGCAUUAAUUAAGUUGUGGUUGUGUAUAGUUGUUAAUCUUUUUUGUACAUAUGAUUAUUGAUCUUAAUCCGAAGUUGGUAUUCUUUACCAACGAAAAACUAAUUAUUAAUUAAAACAAGUUCAUAUAAAAUAGA